CGACGACCGGCGCUGCCGUGGCCGCAAUGGAGUCGCCGCCCACGUCGCCCGCCGCCCGCGGCAAACGCCCGGCGAGCGCCAUGAUCCGCCCCAACCGCAGCUCGAGUCGCCUGAGCAUGAGCAGCAAGAUGGGCGGGAGCCGCGCCUCGGACGACGACACCAAGACGGCCGUCAAAGUCGCCGUCCGCGUGCGCCCCCAACUGAAGCAGGAGGACCCGGGGUACGACCUCAUCCCACAGCGCUUCCGCUCCGCCCGCUGCCACGUCACCUCGCCCUCGAGUCUCGCCGUCGAUCCAGCUGCGGGCGGCCGCAAGGUCUUCGUCUUUGACCGCGUCUUCAGUGAGGACGUAGACCAGGAGGGCGUCUUCGAGUACGUGACCGAGAGCGUCAAUUCUUUCAUUGAGGGCUACAAUGUGUCCAUCCUGGCAUACGGCCAGUCCGGCGCCGGCAAGUCCUACACCAUGGGCACCACCGGGCCCAGCGACCAGAACAACCCGCAGGUCAUGGGCAUCAUCCCCCGCGCAGCCGCACUGCUCUACGAAACCCUCGAGGGACCCAGCAUUCGCCCGCCGGGAUCAGGCAUUCGCCCGCCCAACUCGCGUGUUUCGAGCAUGGGCUCAGUCAACUUCUCCAGCAAGUCUUCCACCAAGAAGAACUGGCAGCUCACCGCGACCUACGUUGAGAUCUACAACGAGCAGCUACGUGAUCUCCUGCUCCCCGAUACAGUGCCGCACGCCCAACGCCCUGAGGUGGCUAUCCGUGAAGAGCCGGGGGGUCGAAUCAUACUCGCUGGUCUCACACAGGUCACCAUCAACUCAGUAGACGAUCUGUUGAACGCACUCAACUUUGGCUCUUCCAUCCGCCAGACUGACGCGACCGCGCAAAAUGCAAAAUCCUCGCGCUCCCACGCUGUCUUCAGCUUGAACCUUGUCCAAAAGAAGACCUCGUCCACGCCCACCGCGAAACAUGACAAGCGCCGAUCCGUGCCUCUCGAAGCCAUGUCCGGCUCAGGCGAGAGCCUGGUCACGAUUGACAGCAAGCUGCACUUUGUGGAUCUUGCGGGAAGCGAAAGGCUGAAGAACACACAAGCUUCUGGGGAAAGGGCAAGAGAGGGCAUUUCCAUCAACGCUGGAUUAGCAAGCUUGGGCAAGGUCAUUUCCCAGCUCUCCUCGCGUCACCACAAUGCUCACAUCUCUUAUCGAGAUUCGCGCCUCACACGACUGCUCCAGGAUUCCUUGGGUGGCAACGCCAUCACAUACAUGAUUGCUUGCAUAAACCCGGCAGAAUUCCAUCUCAGCGAAUCGCUGAACACAGUACAGUAUGCUCAGCGUGCUCGUGCGAUCCAGAUCAAGCCACAGAUCCAGCAGAUCCACGACGAUAGCGACAAGCAGGCGACGAUUGAGCGACUCAGAAAUGAGGUUCAGUUCUUGAGGGACCAGAUGAGGCUCUCCCAAAACACCAGCCGAACGAACCCGGAUCCGAGCGAACGCGCCAGUCAACAGUACGAGCGCGAGAUGGAACUCCAAAAUCAGCUGCUCGAUUUCCAGGAAAAUUACACCGCUCUUAGUCUCCGUCACUCAAAGCUGAUUGCCGAGAUCUCUAGAGUAAGGGACGAUGAUGCUGCAGACACCCCCAUACUCCGGGGCACUGUUGGUGAUACUGCGCUCGAGCGUCUGAAGAGGUCCAAUUCUUUCGCAGACGCCGUUGAAGAUGUAGUUUUGGAGUACGAAAAGACGAUCCAAGCAUUAGAAUCCUCUCUUUCGAACACGCGAACCUCUAUGUCUGGACAAGAAAGCGAACUCCUAGAGCGAGAGGCUCGCAUCUCGCUGCUCGAAAGCCACAAUCACCAGCUGCAGUCCCGUAUGCAGAAGGCCAUGGAACGUGAUGCUAGCAACGAGGAAUACGUCAAAUCACUCGAGCGACAGAUUGACAACUCUGUCACCGGUGUAGAGAGGACUGACACCACUAUCACGGACCUGCGCGAUAAGUUACAGAAGGCCAGAGAGAACGAGUCUAGCUGCGAGGAUUACAUAUCUACCUUGGAAGAGCGCCUUGCUGAGAAUGAGCAAGAAGUGGAAGUCAUGACUCGUGAGAUCGAGCGCCUUAAGCACGUCGUCGAGAGGCAGCGGAGCAUUGGCAAGCUGGAUAAUCUUCUGUACGAGCUUGAUACCGUCCGCCAACUGGACGCCAAACCAGAGGAAGUCUCGACGAACGGUCACAGCAGAGGCCCCAGCGACCCCUUCAUCGAGAAGCGAGUGUCUGGUGGUGGACAAUUCACCCUUGAAGGUGCUCGUCACUUCAGCUCUACGGUGGAUGCCAUUGCCGAGGAAGACGAUUCCGAACGCCCUACUACAGCAGGAGCCACAAGCGGCAAGAGCGAGUUGGCAGUUCAGGAGGAUGGCCGCUCGAUUCGAAGUAUCUCGGUCCAAGGCCUUGCUGCAGAUGGCGGCCUGGAAGAGCCGUCAAGCCCUGCACAAUCCAGGUUCGUUCAUGACAAGCUCGACUCUGUCACGCAAGAGCUUUUCGAUCUCCGAGUCGAACAUGAGGGAACAUUGCAAGAUUACGAGAAGCUCGCGAGCAAAUAUCAAGAAGCCCUACGUACCCUGGCUUCCCUUCAAGAUACCGUAGACGAAGCGCGCCAUGGAUCCUCCCGUUCGUCAACUUUUUUAGGCAACGUCGCAACCAACGACCUCAACAAGGAGCUCGAACAGUCUUUGUCGUCGCGUGCAUUGUCCUCGGAGUUAUUGUCAGCAGAGUCUGGCAACGAUACUACGCCUGAGGAUGCCACUGAGGCUGACGUUCGCCGGCCGUCGAUCGCUUCCACUGACAGUGGAACCUCCGUUCCUAAAGCACUGCUUGUCCAGGAGCUGCAGGCAUUGAAGUUACUUCAUGGCGAGAAGGAAGAGCGUGUCGCUGAGCUCAAGCGGGAUUACUCGGACCUGCAAGAGCAGCACCAGGACGCAUUGGAUUAUGUUGAGGAGCUGAAAUCCGAAGUGACCAGGGCUCAUUUGACUGCGCGCCCCAGCUCUCCGUCAGUCCACAUGAUCCGCCGCAAGUCAAGUCAAGCAUUGCUUUCAAACGACCGCUCUAACCGUGCUGUCAAUUCUCUCCGCAAUCUGGCAUUGGACAAGCUCGAUGAAGAACCUGGCCUUGCUUUCGAGAACAACCUGAGUACAAUCCUGUCAGAACUCAACACCAGAUCUGAGAGGGUUCAAGAGCUCGAGUCUGAAGUUGCCUCAGUACGAAAGGAGAUGGAGGGUAAGAUGACCCUGAUCAGUGGCUUGACGAAGGAGAGGUCCAGCCUCAAGGCCUCCACCCCCCUGGACAUAUCUAUCGUUGCUACCAUGCAAGAUCAGAUCAAGCAAAACGAAGAGCAGAUGCAAGAAUUAAAGAAUCUGCAUGCCCAGCGAGAGUCUGCCUUGCGGGAGCAGGUGGCCCUCCUCACGGCCUCGGCAAGAUCGCCGGAGUCUUCGAGCGAAGCGCCGUCUUCUCGCGAACUACCUGACGCUGCUGAGGGUGAUGCUGUUGCGACCGACAAUGAGACGCGUCAUCGACAGCUGAUCAGCCUAUCUAAUGAGGCUGCCCAAUGGCAAUCAAAGCACCUUGAGGCGAUCGAAGCCACCAAAGCGUCCGAAAAGCAACAUCUUAGCACCGUUCGAGAAUUAGAGUCUGCCAUGGAACAGCUCCAGGCAAAUCACACUGCUCGACUGACCGAGUUAGAAGAUGCCAAGGGUGUUGAAGCAUCGGCUGCACUCGAACAAGAGCGGACUAGGCAUGCAGAGCUUGUGGCUGCUUUGCAGAACCAGGUUGACGAGCACAAAGCGACCGCAGGUAGUAAUGCAGCCCGUCUAGCUGAGCUCGAACAUUCGCAUGCGAACAUCAUCAAGCAGGUGGAGGAAGACUCCGAGGCUAGGGCAUUGACUGAGAAAGAGCUCGAUACUCACAAGUCCCUCGUUGCCAACCUUGAGCAUCAGAUUGAGGAGCACAAGUCUGCCAUUGAGUACCACCAGCAGGGCAUGGACUCCUUGCAAAAGUCUCAUGCAGCCGAGCUCGAGAAGUUGACCUCCGAGCUCACAACUCACCAAGAGUCGAACACUAUACUCCAAACCGAUCUGUCCAAAGCCAAAAACGAUUUGGAGACCCUUCUGCGGGGUGUCGCUAGCGCUUUGAAUCAAGAAGUCGAGGUUGAUCAAGUGCAGUCACAAGUUGAGGCUUUAGUCGAGGCCCGUAAAUCGCUCACAGCACGCAUGGACCAAGCUCUUGAUGAUCUCGAGGCAGCUAAAGUCGAGUUGUUAGAGUCGAAGACGAUGACUCAAACUCUGAGGGACAACAUGAAGGAGUUCGAGACCCUUAACGCCGAGACCAUCAAGGAGCUCGAGCGUGUCAGUGACAAAGAACGCAAGAGCUCCCGUUUGGUUCAAGAGUUGGAGGAUCAACUCAAUCAAAACUGGGAUCAGCAUGAAGCUGCCAACAAUCGUCUGUCUGCUCUUCAGACAGAGCGCAGUCGUGAGUUUCAGGAUGUUGUGGUCCAUCGCGAACAACUUGAAAAGGAUCUUGAGGAUUCUCGGGCCAAGAUUGUCCUCCUUGAAUCGCAAGUCGCAGCCAAGCGAAACUCUGCUCGAAUGUCCAUGGAUCCUCGUGAAGAUCUGCAGAGAUCCGACUCUAACAACUCUAACGGUCGUAAGAGCUUGAACAUGUCUCUACCCUCCCCACCUCCGGCCAUCCCGCUGCCUCCUCUUCCGCCCAACAGUCCUCCUCCCCAUCAAACACACGCUCCCUCCCCGCCGUCCUCGCGUCACCAGAGUAAGGACAUCGCACAUGCUCAGCUGGUGGAGGAUCAAGAAGCUCGGAUCCGCACUAUUGAAAAGCACUUGUUUGCCGAGAAGCAGCUGACAGCUACUCUCGAAGACGCACUGACCGACCUUGAAUCGUCCAGUCAAAAGACCAAGGGCGAUUUGGAUCAGUACAGGAAGAAGUGUGCUAGCCUAGAGGAAGAGAUUAACGCCAUGCGCAAAGAGCGGGUCGCUACACGACACUCUCUCCAGGCUGUCGAAGAAGAGCGCAACGCUCGUCUACGCGUUGAGGCAGAGCGCGCACACCUUGAGGCUCGUAUGGCUGCCCUCAACGACGCCAACAAGAAGAAUAAGAAGAAGGGCACCUUGAACUGCUUCUAAGCUCGUUGAGGUUGCAGCACAGUUCAUGUCGUAUAUUUUCACUUUGCUGCGCAUUGGUAUAUGGCGUUUCAUACCCUGAUACACUUUUUUUCCGUCACCAUGUCGACUUAGUUUUGAGAUGGAUGACAUGUUCUGGAUGCUUCUUUCCAAUUGGGUCUUCUACUUUGCCCAACUUCUCCCUUGGGGUCAUGUAAGAGUCAAACAUACUCGCCACAUACCCCCUCUUCAAGUACUUUUUUGUUCCAUUAUUUUGCAUUUGCAUUUUUGCGCGUCUGCGUACCCCAUACCCCAUACCCGCUUUACUUCUUAAUGUAUACAAUGUUUGGUGGGAGGAGAUAGUCCGGAUACGACAUAAUUCGUGGAGGAGGGACAGACUUGACAUAUGCUCUAAUCUUUUCGAAGGCAUUGAUGAAGUACACGACGGCAUGGCACUGCUCUAGUAGCACGGUCACAUGACGAUAGCAUUUGAAGAAUCGAUUUUGUUUACACC